AUGAGCAGCCCUACCAUCUUCCCGCGCGCUGGCGGCGGCGAGGCAGACUUUGACUUCUACGUCUACAAUCCGAGCAAGCCUGCAGGGCUCAUCUUCGUCGUCCUCUUCGCCAUUGGCACCGUUGUGCAGAUCGGGUACCUCAUACCAUAUCGGUCUUGGUCCUUCAUCCCCUUCAUUCUUGGGUGUGCUGCUGAGGCGGGUGGCUACUAUGGCAGGGCUUGGGCACAUGACAACAUACGGCUGGGCGCACCUUACUUACUCCAACUGUUUCUCAUCAUUGGAGCCGCGCCAAUGCUGUCAGCUUCGAUAUACAUGACGCUGCCGCGAAUCACGCGAGCACUCGACGCCGCCGAACACUCACUCAUCCGGCUCAGCUGGCUCUCCAAGAUCUACAUCCUCAUCGACAUCGCUUGCCUUGUCCUACAGGUCAUCGGCACAGUCGCACAAGCCUACGGCGGAUCUGACAAGCAGCAGCUGGCCAUCAAUCUGGUAGCAGGCGGCUUGAUCUUCCAACUGGUCGCUUUCGUCGUCUUCAUGCUCUUGGCCCUGAGAGUCCACCGCCGCCUUAUCAACAACCCAACCCACAUAUCCGCACAUCUUGACGUGUACUGGAGGAUGGCUUUCUGGUCGCUGUACAUCACGAGCAGCCUCAUUCUUCUACGAAAUCUGGUGCGGAUCAUCGAGUAUGUCCAGGGCGGCGACGGCUACAUCAUCACCCACGAGAUCUUCCUGUACCUCUUCGAUGCGGUUCCCAUGUUCCUGGUGGUCCUCACAUUGACAGUGUUCUACCCUGGGAGAUUGAUCAAGGCGGCGCGGAGGGCGAACAAGCUCGGGAGGUACGGCGAUGCCGCGCCUUUGCAGGGCGGCGACACACGCGGUCAAUGGGUUUGA